AUAACGUGCGUUGCAGUAGUAUUCUUUUUUGCUGGCACGUUUCUGCCACCUCCUUUGUUUCGUUCUCUUCCUCUAUAUGAGCAGCUCGACUCUUGCUGUGGUGGGAGACCGAUAGCGGCUUGGGAGGAGGAGGAGGGGCGUGAUGGUGGAGCACUUGCUGGGGCUGCUGAGGGUGCGGGUGGCGAGAGGCGUAAACCUCGCCGUGCGAGAUGUCACCACCAGCGACCCUUACGUCGUCCUCCGAAUGGGCAAACAGAAAUUGAAGACCAGAGUAAUAAAAAAGAAUACUAAUCCUGUUUGGAACGAAGACUUGACACUCUGCAUCGAGGAUCCUUCACUUCCAGUCAGGCUUCAAGUGUUCGACAAGGACCGGUUCACCAAGGAUGACGCCAUGGGCCAUGCGGAGUUCGACAUCCGCCCAUUUCUGGAGGCCGUGAAGAUGAACCCGCAAGGCGUUCCCGAGGGCACCAUAAUACGGAAGGUGGUGCCCUGCAGACAGAACUGUUUGGCGGAAGAGAGCGUUGUGCGCUGGUGCCAUGGGCAGGUGACUCAAGACCUCGCUCUCAGGCUCAAAGAUGUGGAACGAGGUGAAGUCGAGCUGCAGCUGCAGUGGGUCGACAUUCCAGGUGCCAAGGGCUUGUAGAACCCUUCCUCUGCUCUGUAGAGCACUUGCCAUCCGAUCGCCACCACACCUGCGUUCUGUUGUUCUGCCUUACUAUGUAUCUCCUUAAUUUCUCCUACAGAUCCUUCUCCAUACUUUGCCUUGUUGAUCUGCUACUGAGGUAAAUGUACAGAUUUCUGGGUGAAACAAUGCUCAGCCUGAGCUAUGAA